UCCACGGAAAUCUUCGUUGGGAGUGCUCUCAUUGACAUGUACGUGAAGAGUGGAAGCUCGCUCGAUGCGCGCAUUGUCUUCGAUAGGAUGGAUCGCCACGACGUGGUGGCAUGGACGAGCUUGCUGCUGGGAUACGCUGAGAGCAGCGACGAUCGUGAUCUGGAGCUUGCGCUGGAGUUUUUCCACUCGAUGCUCGAGGAAAGGAGCAAGGCGUGGAUGGAAGACUGAAGCUCUCGAGUUUGGAGAGAGCGAGGACGAUCCACUGCCUGGCUCGGGAACACGGAGUGGAGCAAGAGAUCUUCUUCGCGGGCGCGCUGGUGGACGCGUUCGCGAGGUGUGGAAGCAUGGAGGAUGCUCGACGAGUUUUCGAGCGAAUGCCUUGCCACAACAUGGUCGUGCUCAACUCUCUUUUGCUCGGGGUGAUGAUGGAAAGCGUUCGUGGUCGCCGAAUCCUCGGACUUUGGUGGGGGCGCUCAUGGCCUGCUCGAGCAUCGGCCAACAAGUCGACGAUCCGGGUCUAAAGCUGGUGUCACUGGAGAAAGGAAUGGCGAUCCACCGUGAGGCGGCGAAGCUGGGACUGGAUACCUCCGACUUGUUCGUCGCGAGCACGCUGGUAGACAUGUAUUCGAGCUGUGGAAGCCUCGCCGACGCUCGAGCGGUAUUUGACAGGAUGGCGAUUCACAACGUCGUUUGCUGGACGUCGCUGCUGCUGGGACUCUCCGAGAAUGGCGAGCCGGAGCUAGCUCUCGAGCUCUUCGAAUCCAUGGUGGCAAGCAGCAGCGUUCUUCCAAACGCCAGAACUUUCAGGGUUGCUCUCUCGGCUUGCACCAGCUUGGCUUCCAAAGAUGGCGAUGGUGGAAAGUGUGGAUCUUCGUCCAAGCUCCAACAGUGUUUGGAAAGAGGGAGGAGGAUCCAUCGCCGAGCGAUGGAGCUGGGACACGACACAGAUAUCUUCGUCGCCAACACCUUGAUCGACAUGUACGCUAAGUGUGGAGGAUUGAGCGAUGCGAAGCUGGUCUUCAACUCGAUCGGGCAGCAGCAGCGCACGCCCGUGUCCUGGCACGCGAUGAUGCUGGGAUUCGUGGAAAACGAGCAGCACCAACAAGCACUAGAUCUCCUGGAGGAGAUGCUGGCUCUUGGAGGAGGAGGAGUUUCUUCUUCGCCGCUCACCAUCGUCGCGGCUCUCAUGGCUUCCAGCGGCCUCGCCAGCCUCGACUCUGGGAGAAAACUCCACGCUCUGGCCUGCCGGGAUGGAUUCCAGAGUGACGCUGCGGUGGCGAGCUCCCUGAUCGAUUUCUACGGCAAGUGUGGCAGCAGCAUGGUCGUCGCGCACCACGUCUUCGACUCAACCACUUCUCCAGCUCUUCCUCACUGGAACGCUCUCGUCAGUGGAUACAGCCGCCACGGCGAUCCAGCGCGAGUUUUCGAGCUCUUCCGCGAGCUCCAGAAGGAAGGAUUGGAUCCCGACGCCGCGACUUUCCUGCCGGUCCUGGCGGCUUGCAGCCAUGCCGGGCUCGUGGACCGAGGCACGAAGAUUUUCGAGGCGAUGGUGGCGAGCUCGUCGAUUGCUCCCGGGAUCGCUCACUACACUUGCGUGAUCGACAUGCUGGGACGUGACAAUCGGCUCCGCGAGGCGGUGGAGAUGAUCGAGAGCAUGCCGGGGCGAGCGGAUGCGGCGGUGUGGACGAGCGUCUUGGCGGCGUGUAAGAAGUGGAAGAAUGUGGAGGUGGCGAAGCUCGCGUUUGGGAAGAUCAUGGAGGUGGACGGCAAGAGCGCUUCGCCGUACGUCCUCAUGGCUACCAUCUACGGAGGAGAUCAGAACCUCGAGAGCUAAGGUUUUCUACUAAAGUUUUGGUGAUUGAUCGAGGAAAACCUCGAGAGAAGCUCUAAAGAUAAAGUAAAGAACUAUGUACGACAAGACAAAGAAUGGGCCACACAAUCUUAUUGUCA